GUUGAGAAACCAACUGCAGUCACAAAUGAAAUCACUACAGAACGAACUGUGACAGUCUGACGAGUCGGAGCCUGUAAUCCAAAGAAAUCUCGCAGGUUAUUUAUCCUAAGGAACAAAGUGAAGAUGCGUACGGGUACGAUACGUGCGAGCGUGUGUUUGUUGGUGGUGUUGACGCUGGUUUUAAGUCUGUGUGACGCCGGGAAGAAGAAAAGAUGGAAGCCACAACCUAAGCCAAAAAAACCCGAUGAAAAGCCUGUUGAGGAGAUGCUUCCUGCUCGGUACAUCGAUAUUAAUCAGAUGAGUGGAAAGUGGUACCUGCUGACUGUGGCAUCGAGGUGUCCGUAUCUUUUGGAGCAUGGAUAUAAGGCGGAGGGAACCAUAAUGACCCUGACCGCACCAGCCUCACCUGGAGGACCAGUGAAGAUGAACACCUUAACAAAACAUAAUUUUCAGUGUUGGGAGAUUCAGCAGGACUAUGAGACCACGAAUAUGACGGGAAUCUUCCUUCUCAAAUCAAGAAUACCGGUGAAGAACACGGACGUCCUGGUGGUGGAUACAGAUUACAGCUCGUACACCGUGUUACUCUACAAGAGGAUGAAAAACAUCACCAUGAAACUGUACGGUCGAUCUACGAGAGUCUCUGAUGCCGUCGUGGAUAAAUUUGAGGACCUGGCAACGAAACAGAAUCUGGGACUGGAUGUUAUUUUUGAGUUUCCUGUUUACGGUUUUUGUCCAUCUGCAGACAAAGAACACACACUCGUGAUGACCUGAGAUUCCAAGCACAUCUGGAUCUUAUUGAGAGAUCCCACUGCUGGAUUUUACACCCAUCCAACCAUGAAGAUGUGAUCUAACCAGACCUCAUCACUCAGCCAUGAACAGAAGAACACAUCAUGUUUAUGUAACACCAACAAUAAAGAUGCUGAAACUGCU